AGAAGCUGUUGGUCUGGCCCGCGGAAAUGGGCGAGCAUAAUCUUCUUAAUCCUGGGUUUGUGGGACCUUUGGUAAACAUCCACACUGGAGACAGGUUUUACUUCCCGAAUUUUAGAGCCUCAGGGGGACAGCUGGCGGGGCUACCGUCUCUCUCGUACCCUAGAAGGGACAAUGUUUGCUCUCUCCCGUGGAAUCCAUCGGAGUCGUGCAAUGGAUAUCCUCAGUCUUACUUUAGCAGUCCCGUAUCUAUUAACCCCUCUUUUAAUCGAUCUUGUGAAAUAACCCGACUGGAGGAAAGCAAGUGUUAUUAUGGCAAUUCCAGCAGCACCAGAGAUUCGUGUUCAGACAACAACAGUCUCAAACGAGAGGAGCGAGCAAGAGAUACAUCAGUAUCGUCUGAUCACGGGAUGCACAAUGGGAUGGGCAACAGUGGCACCUUCUCAAAGUAUGAUUAUGGCACCGAACAUCUGACCCAAGACCCGCCAUCCUGUCAGUCUUUGGAGUCCGACUCCAGUUCUUCGGUGCUAAACGAAGGAGGAAAGACUUCAGCAAGCGACCCACAAACCCUGGUAUCGCAAGGAAACCACGCAAGCAAUAUCGCCGGUGGAGGAGGUGCCCCGUGGUACCCGAUGCACACCCGGACCCGCAAGAAACGAAAACCCUAUUCCAAACUGCAACUGGCCGAGCUUGAAGGAGAAUUCAUGCUGAACGAGUUCAUCACCAGACAGCGACGUAGAGAGCUGUCUGACAGGCUCAAUCUCAGCGACCAACAGGUUAAAAUUUGGUUCCAAAAUCGGCGGAUGAAGAAAAAGAGACUGUUGCUGAGGGAACAGGCUUUGUCCUUCUUUUAAGGAGGCACAAAAUAUACAUUGCUUAAUGGUAGCCCAACAACAGUAUUUAGUUAAUGGUAAUCUGCCAUUGGCCCA